CAAACAGCUGGGACUGAACUUUGUCCUCCAUGGAGGCAGAAAAACAGGCAGCGUAUAAAAGGGGGGAGCGGGGGAGGAAGAGACUUGUUUUUGUUCAAGGACUUGCAGCAGCGCAGAACUGAGCAGAGAGAAGGAAACUGUUUUAACCAAAGGAUUGGGGCAGUGAGGGGGCGCUGCAGGAAUGUGGGCGUGCCUCAGCCUGCUCAUCACUCUCUGCCUGCUCCAUGGGGGCGGCGCAGAGAGUGAUGGGGGUGGGCCUCGCUGUCAGUUGCCACCAGCCUGGAAGAUAGGGGAGGUGGAUCCCAUGAAUGGGGCAAUGGGCAAGGUGACAGUGGUGGCCCUUUUCCAGGCCAGCUGAUUGUUCUGUUUGGUGCAGGCUGGCAGAAUGGAUGGCCUGCGCCAGAAGUUGGAGAGUCAGGGUCUGAAGGAUGUGGUGUACAUGGUCGUUAACCACCAGGGGGGGCAGUCACAACGCUUGCACACCAUGCUGGCACAGAGACUUACCGAGACCAUCACCCUCUACAAACAGGAGGAGCAACAGCCUGAUGUCUGGCAAACACUUGGGGGAGAAAAAGAUGACUUUUUCAUUUAUGACAGGUGUGGACGUCUCACUCAACACAUAUCACUUCCAUACAGCAUCAUUGGACAGGGCCACGUGGAGAGUGCCAUCAAAGAUACCUACUGCAAACGCAUCUGUGGCGAGUGCACACAUGAGAGCACUGAGAUCCCUGAGGAGUGCAAAGAGAAAGCAGAUGCACAGCCUGUUGCCCCACCUGUAGAGGAAGACACUGGAAAUGCUCACCAUCAUGGACAUCACCAUGGCCAUGGACAUGGCCACCAUGGGGUUAAUCAUGGCCAUGAUCACAACCAUGGUCAUCACCAUGGAAAUCAUGGUGGCCAUGACAGUGAGCAUGGACAGGGUCAAAGUCAGCAAGGUGUUAGUCACCAGGGCCAUCAGCAAGAUGUAUCUCAAAUUCAAGAUCAUUUAGAUUUAGGCCAGAUGCAGCAAGUAGCGCAAGUGUACCAGAUGCCACAGGAGGUCCAUGUAGCCCCUGUGAACACCCCUUGAGUACAAGAAAAGGCAAGGUGAAAGUCAAAGUUCAGCUGACAGGGGACAACAGGCUCUGACAAUGAAGCCUCUCCUAAGUCCAGCUGAUGCUGACACUGACGCAGGCUGUUUGGUGAAGCAGAGAGUGAGCAGCCAGCUGGUCUCUGACACUGUGAUGAGGCGCUGCCCGCCUCCUGACAGUGACACGGACCGACUGGUGAUGCAGCCAAUAAUGUUAGGGAGACCUGACAGUGACGCUCACCUCCUGCUGACUGACAGCAGCCUCAGCCAGCCCAAUGAGCCUGACCCCAAGGUGCGAGCUGAUGACAACAGCCAGCCCAAUGAGCCUGACCACAAGGUGUGAGCUGAGGAUGAGACCAGCUGUAAGCUGGCUCUCAUAUCAGCCUCAUAUUAAUAUCAGUCAGAAGCACCGGGGGCCUAGUGCUCUUUUUACCAACAAGUAUUACCCUGAGAGAGGGAAGGGCAAUCCCUGACAGGAUGGGAUAGAUGAACAGGUGGAGUACAACACCACACUGACAAAGACAAAAUUAGGCUUACCAACUGAAGCAUGUGCAGCUUGCCAAUUAAUAAAAAAAUGGAUUAUGUGGAUUAUGAAUAUAUGUCAGAGGUCGCCUGUCUGUCAGUGUGUUGCUCUCAUCCUUUCUCAGGAGUGUACAUGGUUAUCAUGUUCAUAAAUUGCCUCCUCCAUUUUGCUCUCUCCAUCCUUUAUGAAACCAGGUGCGUAAACUAUGCUCUAGUGGCGUCUGUUUGAAGUCAGGCAGGAGAGAGAGGAGUGGGUAGUUCAGGAACAUGAUAAACACUUAAAACAUUUCAAACUUCAAUUUUGAGGGAUACUUUAAGGAACAGAGAAAAGUUGAUGUAAUCUGCAAAUAUUUCCAAAACAAAAUUGAUGAAGAAUAAGAAAAUGUAUUAUUACAGUACAUCUGAUUUUGUAAGGUAAUUACCAUAAACCUGAAAGCACUGAAUAGUCCUCAAAAACAUUUAAACAUAAACCUUAAAAGUUUAUACUGCAUCAUUAUUGAUCAAGCAUAUUUAACAGCAGCUACCACUUGUUGAUUAAGUCCAUAAGCUUAAACAUAUAUCAGGUGUGUCUUUUACCAUAAAUAUGCACAUUUUAAAUGAAGAGUUUUUGGCAUUCCUGUAGAUGUUUUUCUUUGCAUUUCUGGAUCUGCUAUGUCGAUUGCAAAUUGCACACAUUUAUACAAGGCUUGCUUAAAAAAAAAAAAGAAAGAAUACAAGACUCUAUUGUUUAGAGCAGGUCAGACGGAAAAAGAGCGAAGAAGUGAAUGACUGUUGGAAUACACUCUGUACUUAAUGAUGGCUUCUGUGGGAAGAUAACAGUCACCCUGAAAACCUGAUGCUUGUACAGAGAACUGUAUUAUGUUAUGGUUGUCAAACAUGGAAACUGAGAGUUGAAUAAAGAUGGUUGAGUUACUUUUUUAAAA